CAAAACCCGGUGUAUCCGAUAUCGUCUUGACAAACUGUGCCGAAAAGUGGAGACCACACCAUGGCUGAAGACGUGGAGGUGCCCACUGCCCACGGUAUUUUUCCUUCAUUUGGGUCUCUGACUCGCUUAAUCUGAGCAAAAAUAACGAUGACAUGGGUGGGUGGAGGGCGCGAGGUACUCAAUGAUCUAGCUCCGAGGUAGUCUGAUGCACGAUCGCUACUAACCGGGACAUUGGGUCUGUAUUUAAUCAGCCCUGCGCUCCCUGCUGCAUGGUCGCGGGGGUCGACCUUUGAAGUGCGUGUCUCCAGCAGAGAAUUGUUCCAUCGCAAACCGCCGAAAUGGCCGCCGUGCGAAGACUUCAACAAACAAUUUCUCAUCUUCAGCCUGUUCAGGCCCCACAGCAGCUUUCUAUCGUAUAUGGGCCGACAGAACCAGAACUGCUGGAUGUCACGCUGGGCGAACUGUUGACACUUCAAAGCCUCCAGUAUGGAGACUAUGAAUGUCUUGUCUUCCCGUGGACAGGGGCGCGGUGGACGUAUGCAGACUUGAACGAUGAGGCUGAUCGAGUGGCUCGUGGUAUGCUGGCGAUGGGUAUUAAAAAGGGCGAUCGAGUCGGUAUUAUGGCCGGCAAUUGCGAGCAGUACAUUUCUAUUUUCUUCGCUGCUGCAAGGGUAGGCGCGAUCCUCGUGGUUUUGAAUAACACAUAUACCCCAUCAGAGUUAUACUAUGCUCUCGACCACACUGACUGCCGACUCCUGUUCCUCACUCCCCGCAUAAACCGUCACUCCCUCGAAGAAGUCCUCGAGAAGCUCGGUCCUCAUCCCAAGCAAAGUGGAACAUCGAAGGCAUUGGAGGAGAUUGUCAUCAUCAGGGGCGAAUAUAAGGCCUUCACAACGUAUGCUCAAGUCAUUGAGCGGGGCCUGCCACUCUCAAGUAAUGCUUUGCCCGAACGAGAGGCGGAGCUACAGCCGGAAGAUGUGUGCAACUUGCAGUUUACGAGCGGCUCAACAGGGAAUCCCAAGGCCGCCAUGCUGACGCAUCACAAUUUGGUGAACAAUUCUCGAUUCAUCGGGGACCGCAUGAGCCUGACUUCUUUCGAUAUCCUUUGCUGCCCGCCGCCCCUCUUUCAUUGUUUUGGCCUCGUGCUUGGAAUGCUGGCUGUUGUCACGCACGGAUCUAAAAUUGUAUUCCCCAAUGAGACCUUUGAUCCCCUUGCGACACUCCAUGCCAUCUCUGACGAGAAAUGUACUGCCCUCCAUGGCGUACCCACAAUGUUCGAAGCCAUCCUCAGCUUUGAGAAGCCAGAGAAUUUCGACUGCAGCAAUCUCCGCACUGGAAUCAUUGCUGGAGCACCUGUACCCCGUCCAUUAAUGAAGCGAUUGUUCGAAGAGCUGAACAUGAGGCAAUAUACUAGCAGUUAUGGCCUCACAGAAGCAUCGCCAACCUGCUUCAACGCCGUCACUACCGAUACCAUUGAGACACGCUUGCAGACUGUCGGCAAGGUCAUGCCUCAUGCCAAGGCAAAGAUUAUCGAUGCGAACGGAAAGAUCGUUCCCGUGGGCCAGCGCGGUGAACUAUGCAUGGCCGGAUACCAAUUGACAAAGGGAUACUGGAACAACCCGGAGAAAACGGCCGAGACCCUGGUCACCGAUGAGGAGGGCACCACCUGGUUGAAGACCGGCGACGAAGCAGUCUUCACGCCAGAGGGACGGUGCUCUAUUACGGGGCGAUUCAAGGAUAUUAUCAUUCGAGGCGGAGAAAACAUCUACCCUCUCGAAAUCGAAGAACGCCUCUCCGCUCACCCAGCCAUCGAAGUUGCCUCAGUGAUCGGUAUCCCCGACCAAAAGUACGGCGAGGUCGUUGGAGCCUUCAUCGCGGUCGCCGAUGGCCAAAGCCGACCGUCAGUUGAGAGUCUCCGCGAAUGGACGCGAGAAACUCUAGGCCGACACAAGGCGCCGCAGCAUGUUUUCGUCUUCGGCGAAGAGGGUGUGGACCGGACCAUUCCUGUGACUGGAAGCGGGAAAGUACGGAAGGUGGAUUUGCGCAAGAUUGCUGCGGGAGUCCUCGAGCGCCGAGCAGCCGGCUCUCGCCAGGUUGCUGCGUGAGGGAAAAGUGCUUAUUCUUAUAGAACUUUUUUUUAUAUAUGUUUAGGUAGCGUUUGAUUCAUACCCGGAGUUAUCAAAACUUUGCCCAUCACCUUCAUAUUCUGUACCAUUUUGCUUUCAAGUUUAUUUGCGACGAGAGUCAAAAGUGGAUUCGAUUCUGGUGAGGGGUAAACAAAAAAUUUUCGGUUCCGCAAUUUUAUCAAUCAGAUUAGAUGAUUAUCUAAUCUGAUUCUAGCCAUCAAACUUGAAAGCAAAAUAAAAUACGAGCGUGUAAUGUGUCCCCUUGCCGCUGGGGCCACCUCUCCACUGACAGGAAAAUGUACUUCCGGUGUCGGCCUCGGCGGCCAAUCACUCACCGUGACCGGAUGGGAUGAGGAGAAACGUGGGCCUGCUCUGGACGCCAGGUGGGGGGUGGUGCAUCAGAUAAAACGAGAGCAGCAAGUUGGGCUUGGACUCCGCUCGGAACACGUAGAAUUGGGUGACGUGAGAGAUUUUCACGUGUUAGGGAAUGGUGUGGUGAGCGGUCAACAUGACGGUUCUCUUGUUAUGCGUGAAUGAAUUGAUUCAUUUGGUAUCAUAUAUUUAACUUGCCAGGGCCUUCCAUUGUGGCAGACUAUAGCUUCAACGCCCGAUACGGAUCGCGCUCGAGAUGGUUCGACCCAUCGAAGCGAAACGGAGAGAUGUGGAAGAAUUUCUCUCGGCUGCACUUGACCAGCGCAGAUCGCUUAUGCGGAAGAUCAAUGAGCUUCUCAAGGCUGAAUCCCGUAGCGUGGUCGUAUGCCAGCACUGUCAGGUUCGUGAACUCAGGCUCGCCGACAAUGUACCUCGUUCGAGCCUCGUCCAGAAACAUGUAGUGCAUAAUACUGCACCACCAGACCAUCACGCGAUGCUGCCCGCGGAAGCGCACGUCCCCGACGAGCGAGUGGCGACCGCGGUCCCAGUCAUCUGCGUCGUAGUGUGCGCCGAUGCUGUCUUCCUGUGGAGUUGUCAAAAAGGCAAUGAUCAUGAGAGAGAUAACGCUUACCUUGGCCCAAUAGAUCUGAUGGUAGGAAAAGAAAGUGUUAUUGAACUUGGCCAGGACCGCGAUCUGGUGAGGAUCCUCGUCAAUCUUUCGAAGGUGGCUCCGGUGCUGGUCCAGUGUCCCAGUCUCGUUCCAGCCCUUAGCUACACGGGGAUCGUUCUGCCAUGCGUGAAAUAGCUGUAGAUGUUCCUCGUUCCGAUAGUCCAAGGCCCAGAUGGAGAAGAACUCGUCUAGUUGCGGAAUGUACCGGCUAUACAUCCUAGACCCUGGAGUCGGCUUGCGCGGUCGAAAGGGAUGGAGAGCGUGAACGCGAACAUCGGCGGAUUUGGUGGUCAGGGUGUGCUGAACGGGAUGCGUUGGAAAUGAUGUCAAAGGUCGGCGGAGGGAUGCAUAGAUGUCAGGAUCGCAAACCCAGACUGGCCUCGGACCAAACGGUGAGCCAGCGCCUUGCCAGAACGUGCUGCGGUAGAUGACCAAUUGGUUCGAGAGAUCUGGGGACUGCGGGAUACGCUGCCCUGGAGGAGCAGAAGGUCUGGGAUGCUCAGUCGCCAGUCCAACAGCUUGCAAUUCCCUCCCCAGUUGUUCUCUCCCUGCUCCCGAUAGCACGGCGCGAAACAUCUCGAAUUCAGUACGCAAGGUCAAAAGGCCGUGUAGAACAUUCCAAAUCUGCCCAACCGAGGGCGCCUCCUUUCCUUCCCAUGUCCAGUAUGUAACGGGGCUCCUCUGCGCCCGUGCCCAAGCAGAGUUGUUUCCUUCUGGCGGACUUCUAGACGGAUCGGGCUCUUGCAAGUCUGUGAAGUGGAGGUUGUCGCGGUGCAGCUGCUCUGGAGGGGGAAUGCCGUCGUCAACGCGCGGGGACCGUCGAAGCUGGAGUUUCCGGACGCCGUGUUGAACGGAGACAACCUGCAGGCGAUAUGCGGUUUUGUAAGGUUCGGGCAAUCGAAUCAAGGGGAGUUUAUCUGGGAAAGAUGCCAUUGUUAUUCCUUUGGAGACGUCAGCAUUGGAGUAAAGAGUAGUUCGCGUUGUGGAACGGCCAUUGCGCCAAUUCACUCACCUAGACAUCGCAACCGAGG